AUUAAAUGUACAGCAAGUGACUGAUUUAUUAGUAAUUAGAAAAAAGUAGUAUAAGGCCACAAAUAUCCGAUAGCAGCGUGUAACAAUAGGUUGCAUUUACUCUGGGCGUUGUAAACAAUGUUUGUAAUAUAGAAUGAAAAAAGAAUACCAGGAAAAAAUGUUGUUUCUUCGUUUGUACUUGUAAAGUGUUAAUACAUUUUGUAGAAUGAAAUGUACUGUGACGUUCGUGAUGCGCCUGUGUGCUGCAACCAUCUCUUUGUUGCUGCAUCUUUCAUGCAGCAAUGGCCAGAAACUCAAAGAAAUAUCGUCACGUGUUUAUGCUUAAGUAUGGCGGCGAAGGGUGAACGUACCGGGAGUGAACGUAAACGAAAACCUAUAGAUAAAAACGGAAAAGAACCUUCGAGUAUUUAUUAUAGACUAGCCAUAUAUUUUCUGGCUCUUGGUUUCGGAAUUUUACAUCAGUGGCACGUAUCUACACUUUUUGAAAAUGACAGACACUUUUCACAUUUGUCAGAAAUUGAAAGAGAAAUGUCUUUCAGGACAGAGAUGUUUUGUUUCAGGGGAUGUAUUAUUCCUAUUAUAAAACGAUAUCCGAGUCAAAGAAUUUUAUGGAAGGUUUCUCAAGGAUUACCAGAGAUAAUUUAACAGAGUAUCCUAACGUGAUAGAUGCAUCUAAGAAAUAUAAUUUGUAUCCUGAGAUUAUCAUUGGUCACUUGUAUCAUGUGGCAAAAACUCUUGGACUUUUAUCUAAGCAACAGUGCUGGCAAAUAGAGAGAGGAGAUAAUUUACCACCAGUGACAAGCUGUGAAGGUUUAGCAGUGCCUGUUUACUUUUAUCUAGAGAUAGUAUGGUAUUGUGCAGCAUGCACAGGUGCAAUAUUAUUUUUAUAUGGAUGUCGUCUGAGUGAUUCUGUCUACGGUGGGACAAUCGCAAUACUUUGCUUCUUUUAUAAUCAUAAUGAAUGCACAAGAGUACAAUGGACACCGCCGUUACGCGAAAGUUUUGCUUACCCAGCAUUACUCUUUCAAAUGUACAGCGUCACAGUAGCUAUAAAAGACUACCGAACAGGACAAACGACAAUAAAACAUCCAUGUCGUGACAAAAUUUAUUUGAGAAUAUUUAUCGGAACACUGCUAAGUCUUCUUACUUGGCAAUUUUCACAAUUUGUAUUCACAACUCAGAUCAUAGCCUUACUAAUUCUCAAGUGGCUGAUGAUCCUUCCCAAGGAAUUGUACUCCAAUAUCAUUCUCAUGCACAUGUUGCCUUUGGUUAUCGUGGCCAUCAUAACACAGAACGUGUUUCUCGUUUGCUCUCUGUACGCGUGCCUUCUCAUAUGCAACGACAUCAGUGCCUUCCUGCUGAGCAAAGUGUCACGUUUCCUGGACCAAAGCAAGCUGUCAGUCCUCGAGAUGAUCGGGACAGUCGUACUGACACGUUUAUUAAAAUUCUACCUCUUAGAUUCAAUGGACGAUGCCCAUGUUUUCAAUAUCCUUAGGUCUAAGUUGACUGGUUACAAAGACUUCCAUACCUUACUUUACACUUGUUCAGUGGAGUUUGAUUUUCUUCAGUAUGACACCUAUGAGAUCAUUGUGAAGACAUUACUCCUGCCAUCCGCAAUUCUUGCUGGAUUCCUUAUAGUGUACAGCUGGUACAGAAAUUAUAGAAUAAAUAAAAAUUAUCUUAAGUGGGUGGAGGCCGACGUAGCCUACAAUGCCUUGCAGACUGGUGCUUUUAUUCUAAUGGCAGUUUUCAUAAUGCGACUAAAACUUUUCAUGACACCACAUCUUUGUCUCUUUGCUGGCACUGUGUCUAGUAAAAAGUAUCUGGAGAAGGUUGGUUUAAGGAGUGAGAAAAUACGUGGCGCAUUAGUGUUUUUAUUAUUAGCCGGUAUGGCAUACCACGGAGUAAAGAAUCUCCAGAAGGAACGUGGAUUUAUUGGUGAAUACAGUAAUGUAGAGCAGGAGGAACUUUUUGAAUGGAUAAAAGAGAAUACCCCUAGGACAGCAGCUUUUGCUGGGAAGAUGUCACUUAUGGCUAAUCUUAUGUUAUCGACUGGACGACCAAUUGUAAACAAUCCUUAUUACGAGGAUAAGGAAAUGAGGGAACGUACAAUCAAUGUCUAUCAAAUUUUUGGUAGAAAUGAUUUGGCAUCGGUGUAUGAUAUUCUUAAAACUAUGCAAGUUGAUUAUGUAGUACUCGAAGAAGUUCUUUGUUUUGGACUUGGAAAAGUUAAAGAAGGAUGCAGAAUGGUGGACCUUUGGGAUGUCAAUGAUAAUGGACGUCAGAAGCAAGCCGGAAAAUCGUCCAUCUGUCCAAUCCUCUUUCGCGGAAGCGCACAUCCCUUUCGGCGAGUCUUUGUUAAUCGCAGUUUCGCUGUACUACGAUUAGACUAUUCGAAAUACGUGGAACUAAAGCCACGUGUGAUCAAGUAUUAUAAAUCCUGAGAUGAUGCACUGUGCCUGAGAUCCUAAUAGCAAAGAUGAACAAACUGUUAUUAAGAGCGAAUAUUGGAAAUGAUGCGCGCAGUCAAAUUUAAAAAAAUGGUUGAACAUGAGUAGAAAGCAGGAUGUUUACUGUUCUCAAUAUAGCGUGAAUUAAAAACGUUCAAAAACAUUCUGAGGGACUGUAAUAAAUUAUUAGUCUAUUUACAAGGAUUAUGGACGAUUCUCUACAGAAAAUGUACCAUUUAUAAGUUGAAGUCCGGUGCCGGCAUUUUGGAUUAAAAUCCAUGAUACCACAGAUCAUUAGAUUCUAAACACAAGUGAUUUGCAUGUCAUUGACGCUUAUUAAUAAAAUAUGAAAACUACUAUUUAA